UAUUUCACAGAUGAGUAGACAACUUGUCCGUCUUAUUUGAUGAUACCUCUACAGUUUACAAGGGAGAUAGACAUAUGCAUAUAUGAGUAAUAUUUGUGAUGUCCGUAUAUACUCCAAUAUAUAUAUUUUUUAUGUGAUGAUCAGAUGGGAUGGGAGACACUUGUCACUCAUCCAAUGCUCCUCUUUGGUUAUAAAUAUAGAGAGUUACUUUCACUCUUGCUCACAUUUGUUGGAGCUCUUGGUGAAGUGAGACUUGGAGUUUUAGAAGGAGGCUUUCAAGAGGUAGGAUUGGCCUUCCAUUUAGUUGGGUGUGUGGGCAGGCGCCAGGGAGAGUUGAUCAAGUUCUUCGAAUUGCGGAGGAGGAGCGCUAUUGGAACGUUCUAUUGUCUGAUUCUUCUCUUCGAGACAGCACUUUGUGGGAUCACGUUCCCCGUCAACCCGAAGAUCGAUUCAUGGCCCAAUCUUCUUUCACUCUUCCUCUGGCUGGUGACGGUGCUAUGGAACGUUUACGCUCACGCAAACAGAAGACGAGUCUUGGGACAUACCCCAGUACAUUGCUGA